AUGCCAACUCCCGAGUCCGAGGCCUUCCUGGCCAAGAAGCCGCAGGUUCCGCCGACCUUCGACGGCGUUGACUACGAAGAUAACAAGCGCCUCAAGCAGGCCCAGGACGCCAUCAUCCGCGAGCAAUGGGUGCAGGUCAUGAUGGGCCGGCUGGUUCGCGAGGAGCUAAGCAAGUGCUACUACCGGGAGGGCGUCAAUCAUUUGGAGAAAUGCGGCAAGCUGAGAGAGCGGUACCUCCAGCUGCUUGCCAACGCUAAGGUCAAGGGUUACCUGUUCGAGCAGCAGAACUACUGGUCAAAGGAGAACCAGCAGCAGUAA